AUGAGUCUUUGCAGCGCUCUGAAGAUCUUGCGAGGGGGGGGGGGCGGCCGAGGGAGCGGAUCAGGGGCCGACGGCGUGAGCGAGGUGGAGAAAGUGCGCUGCUCUCACCUGCUGGUCAAACACAACCAGUCACGCCGGCCGUCCUCCUGGAGAGAGGAGAACAUCACACGCAGCAAAGAGGAGGCGCUGCAGCUCAUCCACAAGUACAUCGAACAGAUCAAGUCUGGCGAGGAGGACUUUGAGAGCUUGGCGUCUCAGUUCAGCGACUGCAGCUCGGCGAGGAACGGAGGAGACCUGGGCUUGUUUGGCAGGGGUAAGACUAGAGAUACGCCAAUAACACACCCUUACCAGAUUAUCAGCAUCAUCUUCUGUCUGUCUUACAUCGAACAGAUCAAGUCUGGCGAGGAGGACUUUGAGAGCUUGGCGUCUCAGUUCAGCGACUGCAGCUCGGCGAGGAACGGAGGAGACCUGGGCUUGUUUGGCAGGGGUAAGACUAGAGAUACGCCAAUAACACACCCUUACCAGAUUAUCAGCAUCAUCUACCAGUGA